AUGGUUGUCUCACUUCGGACAGCUGUUACAAAAGUACUUCAAGUACCUAGUAUACUGCUAAUAACUCCUGAACAAUUUCCAUCUGUUGUUGGUCUAUUAGCCGAAAGUUAUAAUCCUCAUGUUCGUUAUGGCGCAGCGUUGGCACUGGGAAUCACCUGUGCUGGAACAGGAAAUAAAGAAGCUAUUGCCGUUCUGGAGCCAAUGUUAAAUGAUGCUGUCAAUUAUGUGAGACAAGGUGUUUUAAUUGCAUCUGCAUUGAUCUGUAUACAGCAUACAGAAGCGACAUGUCCAAAGGUAAAAAUGUUCCGUGAACAUUAUAUGAAAGUGAUUAGUGAUAAACAUGAUGAUGUUAUGGCUAAAUUUGGAGCAAUAUUAGCACAUGGAAUACUCGACGCAGGUGGUCGGAAUGUAACAGUGUCAUUAUUAACGCGUAGUGGUCAAACAGAUACAAUGGCUGUUGUUGGUCUACUUGUAUUUACACAAUUUUGGUAUUGGUUUCCGUUAUCAUUAUUUUUAUCAUUAGCAUUUUCACCAACAUGCCUGGUGACACUGAAUCAUGAUUUAAAAAUGCCAAAUGUUGAUAUAAUUUCGAAUGCCCCACCAUCCGUGUUUGCCUAUCCACCACCAUUAGUCGAUAAAAAAGAAGAGAAAAAAGAAAAAGUUGAAACAGCCGUCUUGUCAAUUACUGCUAAACAAAAGAAGAGGGAACAAGAGAAGAAAGGAGAUAAAAUCGAUGAACCAAUGGAAACAGAUAAACCAGCUGCAGCUACAACUUUAUCAACGACGCCAGCGACCACAGUAGCAGCAGCAACAGCAGUAGUCGAAGAAGACAAGGAAAAGGAAAAGGAGAAAACUGGCGAAAAAAAAGACGAACCAAAGAAAGAAAAAGAACCCGAUUCAGAAAUAUUACAUAAUCCAACACGCGUUAUGAAAGCACAGCAACGUGUAAUUAGUAUGCCAAAAAAUGCUCGAUAUCAACCAUUGAAAGAUAUCACCCAUAGUGGCAUUAUUCUCGUUAAAGAUACACAAGCAAGUGAGCCUGAAGUAUUUGUUGAAUUAGCCAAAGCUGGUGGUCCAACUAAAGAAGAAGAUCUCCCUGAACCCGAACCACCUGAGCCAUUCGAAUACCGUGACGAAUAG